UGAAAACUACUAUGGCUCACAAUUGAAAUCUACGACCGACUACAAUCAUUGUUCUGUAGCCGUUGUAGCAGUUUCGAAAGAAUUAUAGGAUGGAAGAAAAGAUCAUAGCCUUGCUGCUGUCCUUACUGAAAACGGCAGAAACAUAUGGCUCGGCUCGUGAAUUGCUUGAGUCGAGCAGAGUGCUAUCUAACGAAAAAUCUCCAAUAGAUGAUGAAGGAAUAUCUAGACUACAGGAAUCGAAGAAGAAGUUCAUCUUGGAUUCGUUCCGAGUCAGCAAGGUACAGAAGGAGUACAAGGAGUGGGAGCGUCGACAGACAGACUCGUUUGUUAAAAAUGAAAUCACAGCGUACAACAAAACCAUAUCAGAACUGGCGCGUUUGAACAUCAAAGUGGACAAAUUGAUGCGAGAUUAUGAAAUACUCCACGGUUCAGUCAAACUUCCUUCAUUUACUUUUUCAAUAGAGACAUUGAAGAAGUUUGGAAACGAUGAAUUCUUGGGAAAUUUACAAAAGGACGAGAAUGGUGAGUAUCCAUCCAAGAUUCACCUUCACCAAGUGUUCUCUGCCGAUUCUAAGUCUUCACUUCCAUUUCCUGACUUUCAGGUCUUCUACGAUUUGGUAAACUUAGAAUUUAGGUUGAGGACGGAAAAGAGAAUCAAAUACGAGAUUUUAGUGUUAAUCAGAAACCAGAUAGCUGUGAAUAAUACCAAGUGGACUGCCAGAGACAACCAUUUGUCGGACUUCAUUGGCAAAAGAUUAUACAGUGAGAUAUCUGAGAUAGAAAAAAUUAGGGUGAGUGAAGCACAGAUGAAGGAAAAUGAAUCUGAUGAAAGCGAAUAUGAUCCAGAAGACAACAUCGUGCAAGAGAUUGAAGAAGAGGAGGAGCAUGAUGAACGUGAACAGGAUGAGGAUGAAGAAGAAGAAGAGGAAGAAGUGGAAAAGAAUGACCACGAAGAACUUGCUCAAGCGGAAUCUGACGAAAAUGAACCAGCAGUUAGGGAAGAAGAAGGUGAGUAUGAAGCGAAAGAACACGAAGCUUUAGAAGAAGAUGGAGAGGAGGAAGAGGAAGAGGAAGAAAAAGAAAAAGAAGACGAAGAAGAACCCAAUGAAGACAUUGAUAUUAGUCAAGACGAAGAAGAGCCUUCGGUACCUAUUCCACAAAUUUCGUCUACCCGUAGAUCCUCAAGACUUAGAGGUAAUCAAAAACUGGAAGCAGACUCUGAUGACGAUAUGUUGAUCGGUUAAGACAAGGUUUACUAUCAUGUAAAUAUUUGAUAGUCAUUGUAUAUUAUUAUAGAUGUAAGCU